CUCUCUCUCUCACACACACACACGUACUCCUGGUCCUUGUCUGCCAUCCCUCCUCAAUAAUUCCUCUGAAGAUUUUGAUAUCAUACAAAUAUUUAUUUAUCUAUUUUCUGUUUCUUUAUGCUAUACAUUUACUGUCUCCUUCCAAGUUCCAAUCCCCAUUUUCUCUCUGUUUGUAAUUGGUCUUGAAUACCGGUGCCUCUCUGCAAUUACUAAUUCUGACACACUUUUGCUCCCCUUUUUCUCAUAUCUCCUAUAUUAUUAUCAUUAUUUUUAUUGUCACCAUUUUUAUCCAAGAGUAAAUUGAAAAUUUAAUGCCCAAUACUCCUCCAUGCACUCCACUGCUACCAAGGAUCAUAUUUUUUUGUAUCUUUUUGUUCUGUUGCUGCUGCUGCUGCUCAUUUAAUUUGCCAUAAUAGUCAACGGUGUGCAGAAAAAGAUAAAAGACUCUUGUUGGUUUGGUUCACAGACAUGUACUCGUAUUCAUUAUUACUCUCCUCCAUGAUAAUCAACUAUAAUAUUAAUGCCUUCUCUCAGCAGUAACUAGCUAGCUAAAACUUUCUUUCAACACCAUCAACAGGCAGCAAUGGUGGGUUCAGAGCUAGUAAAACUCGCUUAUGCUGUACUAUCACUUACCAUAAUUCUAGUGUCUCCUCAAUUGACGUCAUGCCAGCAAAGCAUCUCCUCAAUCCUCCUGGAAGUGAGACAAUCUUUUGUGGAGGACCCUCUGGACGUGUUCCGAGGCUGGUCCCCGACCACCCAACCAAACUUCUGCCGAUGGAGGGGCGUCUUCUGCAGCAGGCGGCGGCCGGCGGCGGUGGUGGGGCUCGACCUCUCAAACUGCUCGCUUUCCGGCCCCAUACCACCGCCCAUCGCCCGCCUGACCGACCUCCUCCGCCUGGACUUGUCUUCCAACCGCCUCUCGGGCCCCAUCCCACCUUCUCUCUUCUCCAACCUCUCCUCUUUGGAAUCUCUGCUCCUUUUCUCCAACCACCUCACGGGCCCAGUCCCGGCCCAACUCGGCCCAAAGCUCCGCCUCCUCCGUAUCGGCGACAACGACCUCACCGGGCCCAUCCCCCCUUCUUUGGGCAGUCUCCCCAACCUGGAGACUCUGGGCCUGGCCUCGUGCAGUCUCACCGGACCCAUACCCCCGGAGCUGGGGAAGCUCACCAAACUCCAGAGCUUGGUCUUGCAGGAGAACAUGCUGGUGGGCCCCAUCCCCCGGGAGCUCGCCGGAUGCUCCAGCCUCGUUGUCUUCACGGCCGCCCUCAACCGUCUCAAUGGCUCCAUCCCGGACGGGUUGGGUGACCUAUCCAGCCUCCAGAUACUCAAUCUCGCUAACAAUACACUCUCCGGGAGGAUUCCGUCCCGGCUAGCUCACCUGAGUGAGCUUCAAUACUUGAAUCUCCUGGGCAACCAGCUUCAGGGUGACAUCCCCAACUCAAUUGCCAACUUGAGUAAUCUCCAGAGUCUCGACUUGUCCGCCAACAUGCUCUCCGGCGAAAUUCCGGGAGAGUUUGGGAGCAUGGGCAGCCUAGUCUACCUCGUGCUCUCGGGCAACAAUCUCACAGGGACCAUCCCCAAAAGCAUAUGUUCCAAUGCCACCAGUUUGGAGCACUUGAUGCUGGCUCAGAAUCGGCUCACCGGAGGAAUUCCGGUGGAGUUAAGAGAAUGUGGGUCCCUCAAGCAGCUUGAUUUGUCAAACAACACACUCGACGGGUUCAUCCCGUUGGAGCUCUACGACAUGGUACGGCUGACCGACCUAAUGCUCAACAACAACACUUUGUCCGGCUCCAUACCACCCGCCAUAGCAAACCUCACCAAUCUGCAGACUCUAGCUCUGUACCAGAACAACUUACAAGGGAAUCUGCCUCAAGAGAUUGGGAUGCUCGCCAAUCUCCAGAUUCUCUACCUCUACGACAAUCAGCUAUCCGGCGAGAUUCCUGUGGAGAUUGGCAACUGCACCAGCUUGCAGAUGCUCGAUUUAUACGGAAAUCUGUUCACCGGUUCGAUCCCCGUCACGUUUGGGAGGCUAAAGCAGCUCAAUUUCCUUCAUCUCAGACAGAAUGGUCUCACCGGCACGAUUCCCGCCACUUUGGGGAGCUGUCGCCAGCUCACCAUUCUUGAUCUGGCCGACAAUCAGUUGUCGGGCACCGUGCCUCCCAGCCUCGGCCGUCUCCACGCCCUGCAACAGCUCAUGCUCUACAACAAUACUCUCCAGGGGAAUCUGCCCGAGCAGCUUUCCGGUCUUGCCAACCUGACGAGAGUCAAUCUCUCGCAUAACAAAUUCAAUGGGAGCAUUGCUCCCCUGUGCGCAUCGCCUUCUUUUCUCUCGUUUGACGUCACGAAUAAUGCGUUUGAUAGUGAAAUCCCUCGUGAAAUUGGGAAUUCUCCUGGCCUCGAGAGGUUGAGGCUGGGCGAUAACAAAUUCACUGGAAAGAUCCCCUCCACGCUAGGAUUACUCCAGCAGCUAUCACUGUUGGACCUCUCGGGUAAUUUACUGACGGAGGAGAUACCAAUCCAACUUUCCCUCUGCAAGAGAUUGACCCAUCUUGAUCUCGAUCGUAACCUUCUCUCUGGACAGGUCCCGAUUUGGGUCGGGAGUCUUCCUCUGUUAGGCGAGCUCAAACUCUCGGCCAAUCAAUUAUCCGGUUCAAUCCCUCUAGAGCUAUUCAACUGUUCGAACCUGCUCCUUCUGUCCCUCAAUGGAAACUCCCUUAACGGUACCCUUCCUCCGGAAGUUGGUAAUCUCAACUCCCUCAACGUCCUCAAUCUUGAUGGCAAUCAACUCACAGGCCCCAUUCCUCCCGCCAUUGGUCGGUUAAGCAAGCUGUACGAACUUCGCCUCUCUAAUAACAGCCUCAUUGGGGAGAUUCCUCCUGAGAUUGCUCAGCUCCAAAAUUUGCAGAGCAUUCUGGAUUUCAGCCAUAAUAACCUCACGGGUCCCAUCCCGAGCUCCAUAGCAACACUCUCGAAGCUCGAAGCCCUCGAUCUAUCCCACAACAGAUUAAGCGGAGAAAUCCCUCCUAAAGUUGGUGAAAUGAGCAGCUUAGGAAGAUUGAAUCUCUCCUUCAAUCUCUUCAAUGGAAAACUCGACCAGCAAUACUCGCGCUGGCCUGCCACUGCAUUUGAUGGGAACUCGAAUCUGUGCGGAGGCCCUCUUCAAAAUUGCAAAGACGCAAAAUCGCUGAACAAUAGGAGGAAAUCUGGCCUCAGCGACUCGUCUGUGGUGAUAGUAUCGGCAAUAUCAACAACUGUGGCAAUAAUUCUAUUGAUCCUCGGAGCUGCACUCUUCUUCAAACACAGGCGAGAAGCCCGUGAAAUGGAUUCCGCUUAUUCGUCGAGUUCUUCCCAAGCACAAAAACGGCCACUGUUUGAUAAUGCCGCUGGUAAGUACGACUACAAGUGGAUAGACAUCAUGGUGGCCACACAUAAUCUAAGUGAUGAGUUUGUAAUCGGGUCGGGCGGGUCGGGUACCAUCUACCGAGCCGAACUAUACAGUGGAGAGACAGUGGCAAUCAAGAGUAUAGCAAGAAGGGAUGACCUUAUGAUGGGCAAGAGCUUUGCCAGAGAAGUGAAGACGCUUGGGAGAAUAAGGCACAGGCAUCUCGUCCGAUUAUUGGGCUACUGUAGCAACAGAAGGGCCGGGUCCAACUUGUUGAUCUACGAGUACAUGGAGAACGGGAGCUUGUGGGACUGGCUGUAUAAGCAGCCGGCGAACGAGAGGAAGAAGAAGAUUCUCGAGUGGGAGGCGAGGUUGAAGAUAGCAGUGGGGCUGGCGCAAGGGCUGGAGUAUCUCCAUCAUGAUUGUGUGCCCAAGAUACUUCACAGGGAUAUUAAGUCGAGCAAUGUGUUGUUAGAUGCAAACAUGGAGGCACAUCUGGGGGAUUUUGGGCUGGCGAAACCUCUCAACGAUAAUAACUAUGAUUCUCUAAACACGGAGUCCAAUUCUUGGUUUGCAGGCUCCUACGGCUAUAUUGCUCCAGAGUAUGCGUAUUCUAUGAAGGCAACAGAGAAAAGCGAUGUGUACAGCAUGGGAAUUGUGCUUAUGGAGCUGGUGACUGGGAGAAUGCCGACAGAUAGGAGAUUCGGACUGGACAUGGAUAUGGUGAGAUGGGUAGAAUCGCAUUUGGAGUCGCAACAAGGGUCAGAGAUUAUUGAUCCAGUGCUGAAGCCUUUGUUGUUGCCCAAUGAAGAAAGUGGCGUGCACCAACUGCUCGAGAUUGCAUUGAGCUGCACAAAAACAGCGCCUGCCGAAAGGCCAACCUCCCGGCAGGCAUGCGAUUUGUUGGUGCAUCUACUCAGGGAUUCUACAACUACCUUUCACUAUGAGAAACCUAGUCCAGAUGCACUUGACUAGUUACUUCAUAUUUCCCGUAACUAGUUUCCUUGAAAACAAAGCGUGCGGUAUUUUGACAUUUUUUUUCGUCAAGACUCACUGUUGUAAUAAACAGUGGUUGACAUAGUAACUGAAUGAUGAUUUGCACUCACUUUGAGUCUGUUAUUCCUAUCUGUUUAACUGCUUUAGUUAUCUUUGUUUGGGAAAAACAAAACACUAGAGAAUGC